AUGGUAUUAUCUAAUCGUCAAGUCUACAUUUGCUUCUGGAUUUUUGGGUUGGUCAAUAACGUGCUUUAUGUCGUUAUCCUAUCUGCUGCAGUUGAUAUAGUGGGGCCCAGCUUGCCUAAAUCGCUAGUGCUACUGUUGGACAUCCUGCCGGCGUUUGUCAUCAAGUUGGUGGCUCCAUUUUUCGUUCAUAAAUUGCGAUAUGAUCACAGGAUACUUUGUCUGAUUGUAUUCAGCUGCCUGGGGAUGCUUCUAGUAUCCUGUGGCAGCUUGCGGGUUUGCCUUGCCGGGGUAGCGCUGGCAUCGCUGUCUUCAGGGUUUGGGGAAGUUACGUUUCUGCAAUUGACUCAUUACUAUCAGGAAGUAUCGCUAAAUGGAUGGUCGUCAGGAACUGGCGGUGCUGGUCUAUUUGGAAGCGGUAUCUACAUGUUAUUUACAUCAUUACUGGAGAUUCCGGUCACCGUAUCAUUGCUGUCCUUCAGUGUCUUGCCGCUAGGCUUUUUACUAUACUAUAAACUAGGUGUUGGUCAAGAGGAAGUGAGUGAUAGUGCGGUGCCGUUUCUCAAUAAUGAUCCGGAGGAAAUCAACGCUCUUACUCUGGCGCCACCAACGGGCGUUUCGUCAGUGGUGAAGCAGAAUCUUUUGAUUGAUCUCAGAGCCAAUAUGUAUGAUACUUGUCAAAAGCUGAAAGAGCUAAUCGAACCUUUUAUGCUGCCGCUCACGACGGUGUAUCUGUUCGAAUACAUGAUCAAUCAAGCAGUCGCUCCGACGCUUCUCUUCCCGCUGGGUCAAAAGCACGUACCAUUCUUCUUCCGGAAGUAUAGGGACAUUUAUGUCACCUACGGGACGCUGUAUCAGCUGGGUGUCUUCAUUUCCCGUUCUACAGCACAUCUGGUGAGGAUGAAAAGACUCUACUUGCUUUCAUCUCUGCAAUUUCUAAACCUUUUGCUGGUAAUGUUGCAGUCAUGGUAUUAUAUCGUCCAAUCACCAUGGCCCAUUAUGUUUUUGGUAUUUUAUGAGGGCUUCCUGGGAGGAGCAGCAUACGUCAACACAUUUUUGAAUAUUCUUGAGGAGGUUGAAAACAAAAAGAGAGAGUUUGCCCUGGGUUCUGUAUCCAUUGCGGACUCCUUCGGAGUUCUAGUUGCUGCAUUCAUAGGUCUAAGGCUUGAGCCUUUUCUUUGUGGCCACCAGAUAGCAGAUGGUAGGCCGUGGUGUAGCAUGGAAUAA